UACAAUCACAUCCUCUCAUCCAUCUCCACCGUGGGGAGGAGAGGCAGUUCAAAACAAUAACACAUCGUAGCCUAAAUCGAUAACAAGAAAAUCUUAUCCAAUCGUAAAAUCUUGAAGUCAUCGUUCAUUUCCGUGAAGCCAAUCCCCGUCUGUCUCUAUGGUGUUUUAUUUUUCAACAAGCUGACGAAAGCUCGGGUUUUUCCGUGUAGUAGCAAUAAGAGCCGAGAGUCUUACACGCGCGAGGCAUAGACAUCAAGCGGUUUGGGUAACUCUGUAUAAUUGUUUACAUCUUACUGAACAAGGAGAUAAGUAUUUUGAAAAUGUUAUCGACUAAUGAGCUCGUGUCUGUUGGGACAUUUCAAGUGCUUAAAUUACCUCUUGGAUUUAUCCGCGUUUUGGAAUGGCUUUUUUCCAUUUUUGCAUUUGCAACAUGUGGAGGCUACAGUGGACAGCUGUGGGUCAGUGUGGACUGCCAGCUUGACAAGGCCAGCAGCAACCUCAGUAUUGGCAUCGAUUUUGCCUAUCCUUUUAGGUUGCACCAGGUGUCCUUCGAGGCUCCGCUGUGUGAGGGGGGGAGGAGGGAGAGGCUCUUUCUCAUCGGGGACUACACUUCCUCGGCUGAGUUCUUUGUCACCAUCGCUGUGUUCGCCUUCCUCUACUCCUUCACGGCCACCAUWGUCUACAUCUUCUUCCAGAACAAGUACCGCGAGAACAACCGAGGCCCUCUGAUCGACUUUAUAGUGACCGUGGUGUUCUCCUUCAUGUGGCUGGUCAGUUCUUCAGCCUGGGCUAAAGCCCUGUCGGACAUCAAGGUGGCCACAGACCCAGAUGAGGUGCAGGAGCUCAUGUCUGCCUGUAAGGUCAUGACCAACAAGUGUGGCUCAGUGCAAGGACCCCGCUGGUCAGGCCUCAAUACCUCUGUGGUUUUUGGCUUCCUAAACUUCGUCCUGUGGGCAGGAAACAUCUGGUUUGUCUUCAAGGAGACUGGUUGGCAUAAAGGAGGACCAGCUCGGUAUGCUGGAGCGCCUCCCGAAAAACAGGCUGAGACAUUCAACCAGCAGCAGCCCUACAACCAGGGCAGUUUUGACCAGUCAGGAGGCUACAGCGCCCAGGGAGACCAGGAGCAGGUAUCAGAAUACAGUCCUGUGGGUGGACCCACCUCCUUCUCCAAUCAGAUGUAGCCUUGCAGUCUGAUUGUCACACUGAGGGGGGGGGGGGGGGGCAUGCAGUUCUUAGGUAGAAAUAUUCCGGUGCCAGAAAAAGUAAGUUGUCGAUUGGUACAGUUAAACAUAAGUAUUUUGGAGUAUUGUACAUAAAACUAGAUUUUGGUUACGUUUUUAGAUGUGUUGUCCUGAAUGUUGUAUUGCCUGUGGGUUGAGUCUGUUUAUAGUUUCUCUUUUUCUGUGCUAGGUGCUAUGCCACAGACCAUUUUAACUGGACGUCUUUUUCAUUGUGGAAGAAAAAUGUGGUAUACAAUUGUAUAAUUCUUGAAGUUUCCUACAUAGUGUUGACAAAGUGCAUGAAGUUGUGCUAUGUGUUAGUAUGCAUGUUUGUGCACAUUGUAUUUACGAAACCGUCAGGAUUUCAUCUCAGAGUUACAGUAAGGUAUCAGCAGUAGUUUAACCUCACAAACGCAACAUUUAAAGUGUUGGUCUKAUUUUUCAUGAGCAGAAAUAAAAUAUCCCAGUAAUUUUCCAUAUGCA